GGCGGGGCUCGUGGCGCGCGGCGGCGCAGCCCCCCCUUCCCCCCCCCCCCCCCCCGUUGGUAGCGGAGGCGCCGGGGCGCGGGGCGGCGGCAGCAGUGAAACGGUGCGUUGUGGAUGAUGGUAGUGCCUGGAAAUGCCCCGGUCAUCCAGCAGGAGCCUGACUUAAGACGAGACUCAACGGAGAGCUCUGCCAUGGGCCCCGGCACGGAGCCGGCAUCCGAGGAGGUUGGCCCAGAGCUGGAGGAGGUGCGAAAGCUGCAGGAGCUGGUGAGGAGGCUGGAGAUAGAGAAUCAGCACCCUAGAACGAAGAGCGUCAGGAGCAUGCUUGGGAUGAACACACAGAGUGAGAUCCGUAGCGAUGUGGAUAACCAUGACUCUGGCCUUAAUGGGAUGGAAAUUAAUAAUAGCAUCAAUGUGAUAAGCGAGAAGCAGGAAUUGCAGAUCAUGGCAGAUCUGCACCACCAGCUAAGCAAAAUAAGAGAGGAAGGAGAGAACAACUGCUUAAAAAAAGACAGAGAUGCCCAAAUGCAGUAUAGUUGCAACAGUGCCACUGAGGAAUUGUCUUCCAGCAGGUGUGAGGUGGAAGGGAAGGUCGACGAUCGCGUUGGAUGCUCUUCACGUAUGGAUACAAGCGAUAGCAUAGAGCUGAUGGGAAACUUGGUCCUUGCAGGUAUUAAUUCCUCAAUUCAAAUAAAUGAACAAAAUCCCAGUGAGCCAUGUGGAGAUCUAGAAAGUCUUCUGAAUAACGCAGAUCUGGAUGAAGUGAAAGUGAUAGAACUUGGUUAUUGCCCUGAAGAAGGUGAUACCUGGCUCUACAUGUCCCCAAGAAAACCUGUUACAGAAGAGAAAACGGACUCUCCUCUCAAGUGGUGCCGACAAGUGUUGGAUAAUCCUGGUCCUGAAAAAGAAGUAGCCUGCCGAAGCCUUAUCAGCAGGCUUGACCAAGCCAGUAGGUGGAAAAACCUGUAUUGCAGUCCGCUGGCAUCACCAAGCGCACAUAACUUGAAUACAGAGCCAGGCUCCUCUAGCAAUGCACUAAACUCUCCCGGGCAUCUCAAAUCGACUAACAAAGCACUACUAACCUGUGGCAGCUCAGGCUACCUGAGCAUGCAUUCUGCACUCAGCUCCCAGUCAUCUGUGGACAGUGAGCUGAGCACCUCUGACGACUCCAUCUCCAUGGGAUAUAAACUGCAGGACUUGACUGACGUCCAGGUCAUGGCACGCCUUCAGGAAGAAAGCCUCCGCCAGGACUGUGCCUCUAGCUCUGCGUCUGUAUCGCGUCGCAGUUCCAGUGCCUCCCUUCACUCCCUGCGAAGAGGCACCUACAGCGACCAGGAGUUUGACACGUACAGCCUCGAGGAUGAGGAUGACUAUGACUGUUCCCUGUCAUACCGCAGUGCUCACAGAUACUCGCCGUCUCCGCUCAGCUCGCCCCGGUGUCAGUCCCCUUCUUCCAGUGCAGAUUAUGGGAGGUCAUCUACUUCCCGCAUCCGUCCCCCCAGGAGAUCUGUGCCAAGUCCGAUGCAAGACCGGCUCAAGUAUGCGAACAGCGAAGAGGAGAUGCGCCACAGCAUGCCCAACCUGGCCAGGACGAGCCUUCGAACUCUGGAGUCUGUAAGGAGCAGUCGGAGCUUGGAGUCAGAUCUGCAGGUGCCAAGCAGUCGAAUUCCAAGAACCCAGCAGCGGUCAGCAGGUCUGGCUCCCAGUAAGCUCAGGUAUUCCUCCAGUGCUGGGCAGUCUCCCUUAACGGUGCGACAGCCGGUGAAAGCGGGGUCGUGCACAAACUCCCUGUUAACAGCCAGGCAGCCUGUAAAAGCCUGCAGUUACACCAGUCCUGUUAGUGGAGUUCGAAAACCGCAGGCAUCCUCGCUCAGUACCAGCUCUUCCAGCAGCAGUUGCACUACCAGAAGCAGUAACAUGGUCACUGUGGCAAAAACCUCAGCCAUUAGAGCACGCGCGUCUGUUGGAGGAACCUCGGUGCCCAAGAGCAAAGCAUCACUGCCCUCUAGGAGGUUUCUUCACUCAGCACAGACCCCUCAGGCCACCGAGGAUGAUUCCUGGAAGGAGGGGUGUUACUGAGGCCCCAAAGCGCAGAUGCACUCCCGAUGCCUCUGCGAAGCAGACCCCCAGCUGGCUGGGCACGAGAACCUUACUUGAAAACGAAGACCCAUCACCCUGCGGACUAUGUACAUAGUUCCUCUCCCAUGAAGGCCAGCUAUCCUCAGCCUCUGCUCUUCUGCCAAGAGCCAGACCUCUCAGGGGCGGCAGAGAUGACCUCUUCACUGCCUUUCCAUGGUUCAACACCUUAUUGGAAUACAGGUCUUCACACGAAGACUGGAAAUAGCCUUAUUCCAUACAAACCUCCGCGUGCAGCCCUUGGGAUGGUUUGUCACAGAGAACUUUGUAUGUGACCGGCUCCUGAGGAUGCUCGCUGGGCGUCUUGUUGGCGCCAGAAAGCAGCUUUGAGCUGUUGAUACAGAGUUUGCAUAGCAGUGGCUCGGGGAGACUAGGAAUAGCUCUAUAGGUAGAAGUAAGACUUUUUACUGUUGUAUUCGACUGUUUGUCUGGAACUCAGCUGUUUGGGUUUGGUUGUUUUUUUUACUUUGUAUAGAAUGUAUUUCUGCUACUUUUUAUUGUUUGUUCGAGGAGUUGGAGCCGGUUUUUAUAACUGUAGAACACUUUGAGGUGUUGUAUUCAAGCGUGUGCGUCACAGUUCACAAGUGAAGGAGCAGCACACAAUAUUUGUGUGGGUGUGUGAGCAGGGACAGAGGUGCUGUUCAAAACCUGCUGUUUGUCAGCAUCCUCACAUCUCGGAUGAGGAAGUUUACAAACAGCCGUUAACUGUUAUCUUUUUAACAACCCCCCAAUGGAUAUGACUUGAAGUGUUUCCCUUCGAGCUCUUUCAGCGAGUCCCUCAGUGCCCCCAUUUUUGUAGAAGUUUUGUACUGUCUCUUUGGCUCUGAAGGAUUCCGUUCCAGUGUCCUUUUCCUCAGCCAGUGCUGGAUGCUCUGAAGAAAGUCUUAGUCCAGGAAAUAUGCACUGAUAGCAAUGUUCUCCCUGCCAUCAAUGUGAUUUUGAUAGUGUAGUUUAAUAAAACGUUAUGGUGCUGAAAUAGAUCUGCUUUAUUCAAACACUGACCCUGACUUCCGAGUGGU